UUGGCGCCCGCCCAAUAUCCCCACUGUAGGCUACCGCUGAAGAGUCUCUCUCAACUGUAUAUGCAGAGCCUUGAAAAGGCAAUGUGUUGUGACCAAUCUUUGCACACAGUAAUAUUGCUGGAUGGUGGCAUUAAGGAUGUUUUGAAAAGAGUAAAAGCAUCUUUGCUUUUCCUUGAGUUAAGUGAAGGGUUGCGAUUAUCAGCGUGGAAUAAAGUCCCAAACUGCAGGGAAGUCACAUGGGAGUAGAAACCAAACACUCUUGCUUUGAAACAGAGCUCAAAAAGUGCGGAUGCGCUGAAUGCGUGGAUAUCUGCUGAUUGAAUAAAUACUACUAGCUCUUGUGUUACCGCAGACAAGGGGAGGGCAAAAGGGCGCUGAGGAGGGCUGAUCUAACGUGUUUAAGCACCGUGGACAGCGGCGGAGGGCACUGACUGUUUAUGUCGCUGAGAAGUCCAGCGCCUCUUCCUCACACGCUUUUGACGGGAGAGUGACCAACUGUUUUCUGGGGAGAGCAGCCAAGUCUCUCUGCGCCAAGUUAAACGACGAAUCGCUCCGGAACCUGAGCAACAUUUUUCUGCCGAAGGAUGGAUUGAACGACACCGCUCUCGGUGGGUCCAGAGCGGGUCCUCCUGUAUUUUCCCCCGUGACCAGGAACAAUGUCCGAUCGAGGAUGUGUACCAACCGGAAGAUCAUCUGGAGUCUGUUGGUUCUAUCUGUUUUGGAGAUAGGGCUGGGCAUCUCCAGCAUCGUUUUGGGUGCAGUGGGCAUCAUUCGGGUACGACCCGACCAGAAGAUCCAGCAAGGGGAUGCAUCUCCGGUGUGGAGCGGGAUGUGUUUUCUCUUAUGUGGACUGUGCGGGAUGCUGUGUGCCAGGAAAAGAACUGGCUUGAUUAUGAUCCUCUUCUCAGCCUGCUGCAUCUGUGGUCUGAUCGGCGGCAUCCUGAACUUCCAGUUCGUGCGGGCGUUGGUGAAGCGUCCGGGCGCGCUGCCCUCGCUGCACAUGGCGGCCAUGACCCUGGCCUGCCUGGGCGUCAGCAGCUGCACCCUCUCCACCUGGCUCACCUGCCGGCUGGCCAGCACCGAGCAGCAGAGGAUGUUCCUGGAGCGCGAGCACUCGCUGCACCACUCCCACGAGAUGACCGAGAAGGAGACCCUAGACAACUCCAGUAACGGGAUCCCCCAGAUUUCCUUCAACGGACGGAGUCCGUCACCGUGAAGAUGUGGAAAGGCCAUUGUGACAUCACUGCAGUCAUGCCGCGGAGAUCCCAGUGUUUCUAAGUGGAGUUUCAACAGAUCCUGCGCUCAAAAUCACGGAUGAGUGUAUAGCACAACUUCAGUGGAUGAGGCUUAUCAGUGACCCUUCACGACGCUGACUGAGAGAAUGGUGUAUCGGUUUUAGGAUUCUAGCAGGACCUUCAAAAAACCUUACCAGUGGAUGGACCAUUGAUUGGGGGUCUUGAUGCUUGGUGACCUGUCAACCCAGGGCAGCCAAUUGGGUCCCAGUAUGAAAUGCAUAAUCGAGCACAAUACAAGCAUGCAAACUGUUCACCUCUCUCUGUCUCUCUCUCUCUCUCUGUCCCCCACUCUA